ACAGAGGUGACAUUGCUAUUGAUGACAUCACGUUUACACCUCAGUGCCAGCUGUCAACCGUACCAUUUUCCACUGUUAUCCCUGUGGCCCCAACAGCAACAUCAAAUCCCUGUGGAGCAGGCAAAUGGCAGUGCAUGAAUAAACAGUGUAUAUUUGCAACUCAAGUGUGUGAUUUUGUCAGCCAGUGUUCAGAUGGAUCUGAUGAAACUAACUGUGGUCCAUGUACAUUCGAGUCUGGACUUUGUGGCUGGGUGGAUGUGAGCACAUCAAGAUACCAGUGGGAGAAACACAGUGGGUCAACUCAUUCAGCCAUCUCAGGUCCCUCUACGGAUCACACGCUGAAGACACCAGCUGGAUUCUACAUGUAUGUUGAUUCAGGCAAGGGAGCAUUCUUUGGUCAUGCUAUAAUGCAGUCACCUGUGUUUGGACAACUCUCUGCAAGCUGUCAGGUUAAUUUCUGGUACCAUAAAAAGAGUGCAGGAGGCGUGAUGAGGCUGUUCUUGAUACCACCUGGUAUUCGCACUAAUGCCGUAAGUGGUCGAAUCUUGUUGUGGUCGGCAUUUGGGGCACAUGGAAGUCAGUGGAAUAAUGCAUCAGCAGGUGUUGGUGCCAGGAUGCCAGGCUACAGGCUGCUUUUCGAAGCUCUACAUGUUUUACGGUCAGGUGAUAUGGCCAUCGAUGACAUCACCAUGUCACAGUGUGGGCUUACAAACAAUGCAACAGUGUGUGCUGCAAAUCAGUUCCACUGUACACGGGGAGCAUGCGUUGACAAUUCCAAGGUUUGUGAUUUCCAGGACGACUGUGGAGAUAGUUCUGAUGAGUUGAACUGUGGUCGUUACGUGGAGAGAUGCAAUUUUGAAACAAGUAUGUGUAACUGGAUUCAAGACAAGACCGAUGACUUUGACUGGACAAGAGUGAGGGGAAGAACCAUGACCGUUGGCACUGGCCCCGACAGAGACCAUACAACUGGAAAUGAGACUGGCUACUAUAUUUACAUAGAGACAUCGGCACCAAGACGACCCAAUGAUUCGGCACGUAUCAAGAGCAUUGUUUUCAGGCCAACCACAAGUGGUGUUUGUAGAAUGAGAUUGUUCUACCACAUGUUUGGACCUCAUGUCAAUGCACUGAAGAUUUACAAGGAGGUGUCCAACACUGGAGCCAGGAAUGUUAUCUGGUCUAAGUUGAAUUCUCAAGCAGAUGCCUGGAAAAGAGCUGAUAUUCUUAUAACAAGUUCCGUCAAUUUCAGAAUAGUGAUCGAAGGAAUUCGAGGGUCAGGUUAUAAAGGAGACAUAGGCAUAGAUGAUAUAUCCUUCACACCGGGCUGCCAGAUUGCAUCUGGAGCUACUCUAUCACCAUUCCCACCAACAACGCCAGGCCCUUGUGGACCAGGGAAAGGCCAGUGUGCCAAUAAACAGUGCAUUCCAGCAGAUGCCUUCUGCAAUUUCAAAAAUGAUUGUACAGAUGGGAGUGAUGAACUGUCUUGUCCUAGUAAAUGUAACUUUGAAAAUGGAAAUAUGUGUCGGUGGACAAACCAGAUGAAAGGACAAACAUCUAAUUGGACUGUUGCUAGCAAUGGGCAGCCAACAAAGAAUAGUGGACCAACACUGGACCACACAACUGGAAAGUCAUCUGGGCACUACGGGCUUAUAAAGAAUCCUGGGAACUUCUUUUUAGAAAACUCUCGACUUGUUAGUCCAAUUUAUCACAGAGCUGGACAGUCAUGUUCAUUUUCUUUCUGGUACGCAAUGGGUCGACUAAGCUUCCGACCAUUCAAGCUAUUCAUAAGGAAGUCGGAGACGGAGAGCACACUGUGGACCCAGCCACGACCUCCAAGGCCAUUCAACAGCUGGAACAUUGUAUCGGUACAGCUCCCUGUCUGUUCGUCAGAUUUCCAACUGAUCUUUGAAGCUGAUGCCUUUACCUCCAAGUCAGCAUAUGUGGCUAUUGAUGACCUAGUUUUCACAAAUUGUUCACAGCCAGAUGCUCCGCCUUCUUGCAGCCUCGGUCAGUUGAGAUGUGCAGAUGGCCAUUGCAUUGCUCGGAAUCUCCAGUGUGACUUCCAGACAGACUGCUGUGAUGGAACGGAUGAGGCACAACAGAACUGCUAUCAGUACAGCCAGUGUAACUUUGAGCUGGGCAUGUGUGGCUGGGUUCAGGACACAACAGACAACUUUAAUUGGACAUGGUUCAGAGGCCGGACGGGUUCCAGUGACACUGGACCAAUACAGGAUCAUACAAGUGGAUCAGCUUCUGGCUACUACUUGUACAUAGAGUCAUCUAGUCCACGCGUACCCAACGACACUGCAAGAAUCAUCUAUAACAUGCCAAAACCACCAGGCAAGUGCUCUUUGCGAUUUUGGUAUCACAUGUACGGCACCCACAUAGGAGCUCUGAAUGUUUAUUCGAAAACUCUUGACAGAGGACAGAAUCUGCUAGCUUCAGUUAAAGGUCAGCAGGGAAAUAAAUGGAUACGCAAAGAAGUCAGCCUCCUCAGCUCAACACCAUUCCAGACAAUUAUUGAAGGAGUAAUCGGUGUCGGAUAUAGGGGAGACAUAGCCAUAGAUGACAUUUCCUUCACACCAGGCUGUGGUAUGGGGUCUGUGACUCCACCACCCUUAUUCUCACCAGGAGCAGCUUCUCAUCAGUCCAUUGUAACAACGAGAAACCCAUGUCCAACAGGCCAGAGAGCUUGUGCUGAUGGUACCUGCAUGUCGUCUAAACUCUUCUGUGAUUUCAAACGAGACUGUCGAGAUGGAUCUGAUGAGUCCAGCUGUCCAACAUAUUGCAGUUUUGAGAAAGGAAUGUGUGGAUGGAAGAACACUGUCCCUGAUUUGGUUGACUGGGAGAGGGCAACUGGCAUCAGCACAAACAAUCUAGGUCCCAUGGCUCCACCGUUUGAUGCAUCACGUGGCAAGAGUCAGUACUUUGUGUUCAUCCAUGACAAAACACCAGGAGGGCAUGUAGGAGGACAGGUGGCAACUCUUGCAAGUCCACAGUUCAGUGCAGCCAGCUCAGACUGUAAAGUUCGAUUUAAGUAUUUCAUGCAUGGCAUUAGUCCAGCAGGUCUUUCCCUGGUUAUAAAACAAGGUACUCAAUCAACAAUUCUGUGGCAAGAUAGGGGAGACCAUGGUAGUGCUUGGCUUGCAACAACUGUUGGGAUUGGACGGAGGUUUGCUGCUUUCCAGCUGACAUUUAAAAUGUUGUAUGCUAGAAUUUACAAAGGAGCCAUAGCCAUUGAUGAGAUUCAGUUUGAGAACUGUGGCAUCCCGCCAGUUCAGAAGUCGUGUACGGCUGACCAAUUCCGGUGUACACGUGGUGCAUGUGUGCCCAAGUCUUCACUCUGUGAUAACAUCGAUGACUGCGGAGACAAGUCUGAUGAAACAGACAGCAGCUGUCAGAACUACAAGAAGUACAACUUUGAACAAGGCAUCGGUGACCUGAAACAAGGACAGAACAAGGUGGAUGACGAUUUUGACUGGAAGCGGUGGGCAGGCAAGACUCCGUCAUCUGGCAGUGGGCCCGACCGAGAUCACACAAUAGGAACACCAUCAGGACACUACAUGUACAUGGAAGCAUCUGCACCUGCUAAAUACAACCAGAAAACGUGGCUGCUCACCAAACCAUUCUAUGCAUCAGCCUCGAAGAAUUGUAACAUGAGGUUCUUCUUCUUCAUGUAUGGGAAGCAUGUUAACCAGCUGAAUGUGUACUAUCGCCUCUACAACUCUGGUCCUCCAACUCAUCUCAUCUGGUCAGUGGCUGGCAACCAAGGCUCAUACUGGCAGAGUGGAAUUGUACGGCUGAACGUCUCCAGCAACUUCCAGGUCAUCAUAGAAGCCAGAGUGGGAGACAGUUACCUGGGAGACAUAGCCAUUGACGAUCUCUCCUUCACCCCAGACUGUCAGUUUUCUCCAGCCUUGCCCAGCCCUCCAGCCGGUGUGUCCCAAUCUACCCAGAUGCCCACAUCCGCGGCACCACAUCAGUGCAACUUGACGGCUCAGUUCAACUGCCGUUCAGACGGGAAGUGUGUCAGCCGGAAGAAAGUGUGUGAUUUCAACCAAGACUGUGCUGACGGUACCGAUGAAAACAACUGUGUUCAACCAAUCUGUGACUUUGAGCGUGGAAAUGUAUGUGGCUGGAAGUUGAACAGCACAGAGAUGGCCUACAGCUGGAAAGUGGAUCAGCCAAUCAGAACAAGCUCCACAGACAUGCGGCCAAUCACUGACCACACACAGUUAUCUGUGGGUCACGGCUGGUACCUUUGGGCAGACUCUUCAAAAGGUUCUCGGCAGGACUUCGCAGUUGUGUCGACCCCCACCAUUGGUCAGACUGGACCUCAGUGUAAGCUGAGCUUGUGGUACAUCAUGAAUGGAACUGGAGUUGGGUCGUUUGAGGUCUACACAAAAUACGGUGGUAACUUACAAAGUCUCUGGAUUGCAUCGGGAAAUCAUGGCCCGUCUUGGCGACACGUCGAAAUAAUGAUUGGACCAGAUUCAAACUUCAAGAUACUUUUGGAAGCCAGGCGAGGCCCAUCUUACAGGGGUGACAUUGCCAUUGAUGACGUGAAAUUUGUCAACUGUCAGCCGCCCAUGGUAAUAGCAGCAGGUUGUAGUCGCAGUCAGUUCACAUGCUCCAACCAGUACUGCAUCGAUCCCAACAAACAGUGCGACUUCGCUGACGACUGUGGAGAUAACUCCGAUGAAAUGAUAACCGUGUGCAAAGCCAGUUAUCCAGGAAGAUGUGAUUUUGAGCCGACAUUCUGUGGCAGCUCAUGGCAACAGGAAAUUAAUGAUGACUUUGACUGGAUAUUGCAUUCCGGAACCACACCUACCCCCGGGACUGGACCAAGCAUUGACCACACCACACUCAGUCGCACAGGUCACUACAUGUACAUUGAGGCAUCCACUUCGCGAAGAAAACCAGGAGAUGUGGCCAGACUGGCAUCGUUUGUCAUCAAGGGGUCUGCCCAGAACUGCCACCUACGUCUGUGGUACCACAUGUUUGGAUCUACAAUUGGUGUCCUGUCGGUAUGGAAGCGAUUUGACUACACCGCUCAAGGCCUGGCUCUGGUCAAGCAGAUAAAAGGCAUGCAGGACGACUUCUGGUAUCGACUGGAUGCAGACCUCACCAGCAGUGGUGGAGAUACCAGAGACUUCAUGGCCAUCAUUCAAGCAUCCCGAGGCAGUGGUAUAUAUGGUGACAUUGCCAUUGAUGACGUAUCGCUGACACCCGGUUGUGAGAAAGGAGGGUCACUCCCGGGCCAGCCGACAGCCCCCGUCACGACACCCAGCCCCUGUGGUGCCGGUCUCUUCAUGUGUGCCAAUAAAAAGUGUUUCUCACAGAACGAACGAUGUAAUUUCUAUGAUGACUGCGGUGAUAACACAGAUGAAACUAAUUGUGGAACAUCCUGCACGUUUGAGAGUGGAAUGUGUGGUUGGCAAAACAGUAAGAAUGACGUACUUGACUGGUCGACACGUGCUGGUAAAACUCCCAGUCGGAACACCGGACCUAGUGCUGACCACACGUUCGGUAACACGACAGGUCACUACGUCUAUGUAGAGAGUAGCGGGAGUGCUGCUCAUCUGGGUCACACUGCCGUACUCGAGACUGCGAAAUACCAGGUCAGUGGUGCCAACUGCAACCUCACCUUCUGGUACCACAUGUACGGAAAGACAAUGGGAACGCUGCAGGUGAUGAUCAAAACAGAGCAGGAUGGGCACAUGACACGGUGGACCACGUCUGGUAACCAAGGCAACACCUGGCAUCAGGCCACCGUCAGGAUCGGCUCGAGGAGAAACUUCGGAGUGAUGUUUGUAGCUCUGAUGGGAACCAGUUACACGGCAGAUGUUGCCAUUGAUGAUGUCCAGUUUACCAACUGCGCUGUCGGCACAAAGGCUGUUGUCUGCCCCGCUGAUGAGUUUUUGUGUCGGGACGGAAUGAAGUGCAUUCAGCGACGAUACCUGUGUGAUCACCGCAAAGACUGUGACGACAAUUCAGAUGAAAAUACACAGAUGUGUGUGGGUUACCUAGGAGACUGUAGCUUUGACAACCCUGCCGGUGUGAGCUACUGUGGGUGGAGUCAGUCGAACAACGAUGAUGCUAACUGGAUUCAGGCCGCCACCGAUCCAAACACAGGCACGGGCCCCAAACUGGAUCACAGCAUGAAGCCCAAAGGUCAGUUUGUGUAUGUGGAUAGCAGCAAGAUGUCUAUAGGACAGAUAGCACGGAUAGUUUCUCCUAAAUUCCCUGCUAGCAGUGGAGUAUGUUACAUGAGGUUCUACUACUACAUGACGGGCUCACCAGAUAUUGGCCCUCUCAGGGUGUACACGAAGAACAAGCAAAACCAGCUACAAUUGAUGUGGACAGUGUCGGGCAACCACCCGGCUAACUGGAUAUACGUCAAUAUCCCACUCGGAAACAACCUCAACUUCACUGUCAUCAUCGAGGCAACGCGCGGCACCGGAAAACUGGCUGACAUCGCCAUCGAUGACGUCACGUUCACACGACAAUGUCAAACAGGAAAACCGUACAUCCCAUCCACCGAGUUGGUUUGUGGCAUCCACCAGAUAAAAUGUGCUCCACUGAGUCAGUGCCUUCCCAAAACAUGGCAGUGUGACGGGGUAUCUGACUGUCCCGAUAACUCGGACGAGCCCAGCUCUUGUCCUACCACAACAGCCCCACAGAAUCCAGCCACUGGACCACCAGUAACACAUAAACCAAAGACACUCCCCCCACAGACCCCACCCCCGACCCCUCCUAGCCAGCAGUGUCCAAGUGGACAGUUUGUGUGUGACAAAGUUUGUAAGAACGCCAUUUUCCUCUGUGACGGAGUACAGGACUGCGACGAUGGAACUGAUGAAAACCGAUGUAGUGUUUGUGCCAAGGGAAGUUAUUACUGUACAUCAAGCCAGUCUUGCAUCAUGUUAUCAUCCAGAUGUAAUGGGGUUGUUGAGUGUACACUAGGACAUCACGACAUGAAAGGCCAAGACGAGGCGUCUUGUGGAAAAUGUCCUGCCAACUAUUGUCAGAAUAGUGGUCAGUGUGUGGCAUCUGCUAACAAGAUUCCUGUAUGCAAAUGUACGAACAGUUGGACAGGCACCCGGUGUCAGACAUCAAAAACAGCCACAGUGUCAGCACCACCACCUACACAGGCAGCCUCCACAGGCUCAAACAACAAAAAAUGGGCCAUUCCUGUAGGAAUCAUUCUUGUUCUGCUUGUUUUGGGUGGUGUGGCCGCAGGAUUGUUUGUCUACAGAAGACGCAGAAUUCAAAGACAACUUUUGUUUGAUACGAGCAGUUCUCCCAUGGGACUUUCCAACCCUGUGUAUGACUAUGGAAGUGAUGGGGCCGAUGGAGGGUACCAGAUGAAUGAAUUGGAGCCCCCAACAUUCCACGACAAUUUCGAAAGUGGGACGAUGACCAUUGAUGCUACAUCGAUAGAGAAUCCACUGUACUCGGAAGCCUUCUCGGAUGCAUAAACAUUUAACUGAUUCCAAGAGACCAAAUUCUACUGAAAAUAUUCACUUGAAAUGUUUGAAUUAUUAUUUCUGUUUCUACUCAACUCUGAAAACUUCUCGGAUAUGUAAACUCUGAACUGUUAUUGAUAAAAAAACCUGUGCAAUGAUGUAUAUUCCUUUUUAAUUGUUUCCUUUUGUUGUUGGUAUUUAUUUAUUAGAAAGAAGUAAUUAAUUAAUAAUUUAUUCUUAUAUUAAAUUGACUACAUUAUUUGAUCUCACAUACAAACAGCAGUGUUUUCACCAUGCUUUGUGUACAUGACUAUAUGUUAUUAUAUUUAUAUCAAACUUAGAAAAGAAUAAAUCUUUAAAGCCAUAUGUUGAUUAGCUGGAUUUUCUACGUUUUUUGUGGUCCUAUUUUUAAUAGCUAUUGUAUUAUCUGAUGAGCAGUUGUUUUCUAUUAAAUGACUGAACAAGUUAAAGGGGACUAUAUGGCCAACAAAGCCUAUACCGUAUAUAGGCCAAGUACAUGUUAACAGAGCAAAGUGAAUAUGUGGAAUACUAAUGUAAAUGUGAUUGAGGGAAAGAAUGGAAAUAUUAACUGGUUGGAGUUGUCUAAACGUUAAUAUUAUUAUUUUGAAUAGUUUAUUAGGUAAGCUCAAAUUUCUUGUCAAUUAAUAUACUUAUGUGUUGCUUUUCAAAUAUUUAAGUACUUAAUUGUUUGAAUAUUUUAAAUUAUGUAAUAAUAAAAAAAAUUGACAAUAGCUGUUUUUAACCCAGUGUAGCUCCAGUACUGUACAGACUAUUCAAGUAGACAUGUUGGUCUCUUAUCUUUAAUCUGAAUUUGCUUUGGUGAUGUGUGCAAUAAAAUCUGUUUUUAAUGUUUGUUUUGUUAAUAUAUAUUAAAAUUUAUGGUACUACAAGGUAUGCACUAUAUAUGUUUCAAAAAAAUUUUGUUUUGUUAUAUUGAAAAUUGUUAUUGAAUAAAAAGCCACUUGAUUGUUAAA